AUGGAGAUAAUACAGACCUGCGAUGAGAUGGCGAUGGCGUGCCGGGUCGCCGCCCGUCCGCUGGGAUUGGUGCCGACGAUGGGCGCCCUGCAUGCGGGCCAUUUGUCGCUGACUACACAGGCUCGCUGCGACAACGCGAUACUGGCGGUGUCGAUCUUCGUCAAUCCUACGCAGUUUGGAGCGAGCGAAGAUUUUUCCAGCUAUCCCCGCAGCAUGGAACGGGAUUUGGCAUUGCUGGAGGAACAGGGGGCAGACCUGGUAUUCGCGCCCCCGCCGGAGGAGGUGUACCCGGCCGGAUUCGACACCUGGAUAGAACCCGGCGCGGUCGCAGAGGGCCAGGAGGGCGAGGUGAGGCCCGGCCAUUUUAGGGGCGUGGCAACGGUGGUGGCGAAGCUGUUCACCAUAGUGCGGCCUGACCGCGCGUAUUUCGGCCAGAAAGACGGCCAGCAGGUCGCAGUAAUUCGUCGCAUGGCGCGCGACCUGAAUCUGGGCGUUGAUGUAGUCACAAUGCCCACCGUGCGUGAGCCGGACGGGUUGGCGUUGAGCAGUCGCAAUGCCUACCUGAAACCGCAUGAAAGGCAGGCUGCGCCGGUCAUAUACCGGGCAUUGUGCGCUGCGGAACAACUCUGGCGGUCGGGCGAGCAGGACGCUGGAGCCCUGCGCUCGGCAGCGUUGGCGGUGUUGCGGUCGGAGCUGCUGGUGGAGUCGGUGGACUACGUUAGGGUGGUGGACGCGGAAACGAUGGUGGGGGUGGAUGCGAUUGGGGAGCAGGCCGCGAUGGUGGCGGUGGCGGCUAGGGUGGGGGGGGUGCGGCUGAUAGAUAACGUCGUGUUGGUUUAG